CCUUGUGUGAGAGUUAAUGGGCCGGGCCCAAAUAAAAUGUCGCUUGCACUUGUGAGAGAGAUAUCAUCCCAUUUCUCAGUCUUCUCCAAACAAAUUCGCCGUAAAAAUUCCAGAGAGGUAGUUCAUCAUUUGCAAUUUCUCGAUUAGUUCUGAAUCAUGGCGUUGAGCACCAGCAUCAGAUCUGUCUCCAAGAUCAUUGCUUCAUCCGAAGCAUCAGUCUCUAGAUCUGUGAGUAGAAGCUUCCACUCGACUGGAGUUAAGAAGAUGAGCGGAGGAGGACAUGGUUACGACGAAUACUACCUCCACGCAAAACACAUGUACAAUUUGGACCGCAUGAAGUACCAAGCUCUCAAGAUGUCUCUCGGUGUCUUCACCGCUUUCAGCAUCGGUGUUGGGGUUCCUAUCUUCGCAGUCGUUUUCCAGCAGAGGAAGACCACUUCUGGUUGAGUCCCUAAGGGCAUGCUCUUGUUCCCUGUUUGAAAUAAUUUGUAUGAAUUCUCAAACUCUGCUUUUGCAAGAGAGUUUCUUUUUUCCCUUUGGAUCUUAUCCACAAGUCUUAUCGUUAUGGUAAAGUGUUCUGUUUCUUCCUCUUUUGCUGGCUGUUUGAUGCUGCAAUAAUGAUAAUCUGACAGAUAUAUUUUUUAUUACUUUGAUUCGAA